AUGCACGCCACUUGCUCCUCACAGGCCUCUUCACAUGCUGGCCACUCCUAUCUGCCCACACUUCCAUGGCUACCUGCUCCCAGCUACCCUCUAGAGCCUGCUCCCCUCUCAAUCAGGGAGAGUUGGGACCCUACCUUCCAACAACCACCCCUAUCAAGCUUGGGAAUUGAGAACCUUGAACAGAAGGUUGAAGAAGUCCAGGAAGCAGGGGUCAAGGCCUGUACAAACCUUGAGAAUGUUUCCCAAGCUGUUGAUGGCAUCAAGGAUGGGCUUAGAAGCCUCCAAGGCCCUACACCCCUGGAAGGAGCCAAACCCAAGCAUCCACCAAAGGAUAGUAAGACUAGCAAGUCAUCCAACCCUGCAAGGGGGACAAGUACCAGCCAGCAGGCCACCUCAAGGAAACUCUCCAACAACUCCAACUAUGUGUUGGAAGAGGACCAAAACUGCUGCCAUGCUGCUGGCGCCUGCAUCAAAUGCAGCAAAAUGGGCCACAAGUUGCAGAAUGUCACACUGCUGGAAGGGAACCCCUAUAGAGGAAGGGGUCAAAAGGAAGCUGCCAAAAUUGGCAAAGAGUCUGGACCCACCUUGGGAAAAGACUAA